GAAAAGUGGGCUGGGUUGCAGGGAGGACGAGAAUCAGGGUGUACCCUUAGAAACAUUUGUUUAGCUCUAAAAAAAUAUCGAAAAUUCACAAUGUCAGCUAGGGGUGGGAAAAAAAAGCAGAAGAUGCUAUCGCGAUCAGCUCGAGCUGGUGUUUUGUUUCCCGUAGCUCGAAUGCUUCGUUAUCUGAGGAAAGACACACACCACCUACGGAUCGGAGCCGGUUCUCCAGUUUACAUGGCUGCAGUUAUUGAAUAUCUUGUUGCUGAGAUCUUGGAGUUGGCUGGCAAUGCAGCUAAAGAAUUUAAAAGAGGUAGAAUAACACCACGGCACAUCCUGUUGGCCAUUGCAAACGAUGAUGAAUUACAUCAGCUACUAAAACAUGUGACCAUUGCACAAGGGGGUGUAGUGCCUAAAAUCCAUGCAGCUUUGAUUGGUCCAGCACGAAGCAAACAACAUUUAGCAGCAGUUGUCUCUCCAGCCUCAUCACCAUCCAAAGUAAAAGCAGCAUCCAAAUUAGCAGCUAGCAAGUUAAAAGCAAGUUCAGCAGCAAUGACUCCAUCCAACAAACCAGCAGCCUUUAAAGGCAAGCCUAAAAAGGCUGACUCUAUACCUGAUGGAAGUGGAGGAUUUUUAACACUAUCAGAGAAGAAACUAUUUCUUGGUCAAAAGUUGACUGUCAUGCAAGGUGAUCUGGUAAAGAUGUCAGCUGAUGCUAUUGUUCAUCCGACUAACGGAACAUACCACAUGGGUGGUGAAGUUGGCCAGGCCAUACAAAAAGCUGGUGGGAAAGAAUUUCAACAAGAAGUUGAAAAUCUUCUGAAAACUCAAGGUUCCAUUGCAACAGCUGAAGCCACUAUUUGUCCUGCCCACCACAUCUCAGCCAAGUUCGUUAUCAACUGUUCUGGGCCCACAUGGAAAAUGGAAAAUUGCCAGGCUUUACUUGAGCAAGCUAUCAAGAACUGUCUUCAACUUGCAGACAAUAAGGGCCUUAAAACUAUAGCCAUCCCCUCCCUAGGGAGCGGCCGCGCUGGGUUUCCUAAACAGACUGCUGCUCAAAUUAUUUUAUCAUCAAUUCGAGAUUAUUUCACGAACGCCAAAGUGUCAUCUCUGAAACAGAUUUACUUUGUACUGUAUGAUGCUGAGAGUGUCAAUGUAUACACCACAGAGCUAGCUCGUUUAGAUGGCUGAUCACCAGCCUUGCAUAACAUUCCUCAUAAGUUUCAUCUUACAAAAGGUCCCUAUAUAAUUCCAUGUUUUUAUAUAUUGUCACAUCCUAUAGUUGUAGUUUCUCUUUUAUAUCCAGCAUUUUUUCUUUUCUGUAGCCUGUAUUCUGUGAAUAUGUGCUACACUUUGACCUAAAAUAGUCUUAUUGCUACAGGAAGUCAACAUGUGCCAUAAUGUGGUCAUUGAAAAGAUCUGUCAUUUUGCUAGACUACACAACAGCUGAGCUCAUUUGCUUGUGAUUGGUCCAACUAAGGUUUAUAACUGGCAUGACAUUAGUUCAUUAAGGAGUUGCUUGUGGAGUGACCCAGUCCUUUGUCCCAAUGAACCGGCAGUCCUAGUUAGUCUCACAUUCAAGUGCCUUAAGAAAUCAUUUCAUUCAGGCAUCAGGUCAAAUAUUAACUUUCUAUUUUUAGCACAAAUAAUGCUAUCAUAGUGGUGAUAGUAAACAAGACUUUUAGCAUGAACUGAUCAAAAGUUUUUUUUUUCUUUGCUGGGUUGUUAUUUAUUUGACUGUCUGGUUAGUUCUAAAGCUUCCAAAUUUUUGAUUGACCUAGAAUUUAUUUGCUCAUCCUUAUUCAAGUUAUAUUUUGUAAUACUGCUAUGUAUACAAGAUAUUUGACAGCCCACACUACACUUCGAUCAGCACUCACUGCAUUCAGGUCUCACAUUGAUUAAUAGUAAUGAUAGGCAGCACAGUGUGAGAUUGUUUUUCUCAUCUUUUACCAUUUUUGUUUUCACCAUCAAUUCUCACAAUAAUCUGAUUACAUGCAUCAAUUACACACUGUAUACAAAGGGCAUCAAUUCUCACAAUAAUCUGAUUACAUGCAUCAAUUACACACUGUAUACAAAGGGCAUCAAUUCUCACAAUAAUCUGAUUACAUGCAUCAAUUACACACUGUAUACAAAGGGCAUCAAUUCUCACAAUAAUCUGAUUACAUGCAUCA